UUUUUCUUUUGUGAUUCCUCAGUUGGAGGGAAACAGUCACCUCAGUUUGUGGGGCAUUUGUUCUCCCUGUCGCAACGUAUUGAACUUGGCGGCUAGUUUUCAAUCUGUUAAUACCUUGGUGGUAUACACAUCUGGGAUUCUCUUCCUCUUGAUUUGUACAAGCCUCUCUUAAUUGCUCGUCUUCAUUAAUAUUUUGGGGUGUUAACGCACUGUCUAUAGUGUCUCUAUCAGCCUCGUAUAUACUUCCUGUAAGUUCAUCGUUCGUUCCCAUUCCAUCGUUGAUGAGUUCUACUUUCUGUAUAGAAAAUGGAUCUCAGGCAGCUUAACAACGACCAAAGAGAUACCCUAAAGCAGUUUCGGGAGGCCGUUAAAGAUUGCAAACUGCCGGACUCGGACGAUGUCUACCUUCUUCGAUGGCUUAUCGCUCGUGAUUUCGAUGUAGCCAAGGCCGAAAAGAUGUUGCGAAACUCGCUGAAAUGGCGCCAAAAAAAUCGAAUCGACGCAAUGAAAGAUGAUUCAGAGUCACCGGAAGUGAUGAUUAAAUACUUCGCCGUUGGUCACACCGGUGCCGACAAGUACAAGAGUUACACGUUGAUCGUUCGGUACGGAGCGAUGGACUUGAAGGGCCUCCUCCUCUCCCUUAAGAAGAAAGAUUAUUUAAUGUACGUGAUUCGGAAUUUCGAGAAGAGCAUCUUGGAAAUUAAAAACAAUCCAGAGAGAUACACUCCAUCCCCUACGUCCAUCGGCCAGUGUACGCUCAUCCUGGACAUGACCGGAUUUUCAAUGCGUCACAUCACUUACAAACCGGCCCUCGACAUUAGCUUUGAAAUGCUGCAGAUGAACGAGGCAAACUAUCCGGAAUUUCUACGACGAGUUUUCGUGAUCAACGCUCCAAAGAUUUAUUCCAUUCUCUACUCGUUGUCGAAACCUUUUAUGCAUGAGAAGACGAGGAAUAAAGUUCGAAUCUACGGUCACGAUGCUGACCAAUGGAAAGCAGCUCUUUUGGAAGACUUCCAUCCCCAAGAAUUACCUGCUUGUUACGGAGGAACUCUGACCGAUCCCGAUGGAAAUCCCAAUUGCAUUACUAUGGUGAAUAUGGGUGGGGAAGUUCCAAAGUGUUACUACCGUACGAGCAAACUGGAUGCGACCAAUAAGAAUUGCUUGACGAUCUCCAGCGGAUCCAAAGAGCAAUUGGAAUUUCAAGUCACACAAGCCGGAGACAUUUUAAAGUGGGAUUUCCAUUCGGAAGGGGGCGAUAUCGCAUUUGCCAUUUACCGCAAAGAGGAUAGCCAGUUGAUUCCGGUCGUUCCUCACGAACGUGUGGAUUGUCAUGUUUCAUCGGAAGAAGGCGAAAUCCAUUGCGAUGGCACCGGUGUCUAUGUCGUUGAGUUUGACAAUAGCUUCAGUUACUUCCGUUCGAAGAACAUCUGGUACGCCAUUACGAUUGAACUCCUCGAUACCAGUCCGUUAGAAUGAUAAAUAAUUUUAGGGUAGAAGAAGAAUCGCAGUUAAACGUACAGUCUGCGCGAGUGAUGGAACACAAUAACCUAAAUAUCUUACACACUUUAGUUUCGUACAUUGUAAACAUUUACAGCGUGAAAUAAAUCGCAAUGAAACGUG